AUGGUUCAAACAAGUGAUGUUGCUGGUAUUGUAGCAGGUAGAAACCCUCUCAAAUACUCAGCUUCCUCGCCUUAUACCAUGUUCUUGUUUCAAAUUAUUGUCAUAUUAGCUUUUUGUCUGAUGGUACACUAUCCUUUAAAGAAGAUCCAACAGCCUAAGGUUAUAGCUGAAGUUAUUACAGGUAUUUUAUUAGGUCCCACAGUGUUAGGAAGAAUUCCUAACUUCACUGAAACUUGUUUCCCAACUGAAUCAAUUUCUGGUUUAACAUUAUUAGCUAAUGUCGGUAUCAUUCUUUUCUUAUUCAUUGUUGGUUUGGAAGUUGAUAUAGGUUAUAUCAAGAAAAAUUUAAGAGCAGCUGUUACAGUGGGUCUCAUCAACAUGGCUAUUCCAUUUGGUCUUGGUUGUGCUAUUUCCGUAGGAAUUUAUGAACAAUAUGGAAAAGAAGAAAAUACUCACAUUAAAUUUACAACUUAUAUGGUAUUCAUUGCAGUCGCUACUUGUAUAACUGCAUUCCCUGUAUUGGCAAGAAUUUUGACCGAACUUAACUUGAUUGGUGAUAGAGUUGGUACAAUAGUUUUGGCUGCUGGUAUCACUAAUGAUUUGAUGGGUUGGAUUUUAUUAGCUUUAACUGUUACCUUGGCUAAUGCUUCUGAACCAAUUAAUACUUUGUACAUCUUGCUUUUGACUGUCGCUUGGUUCUUCUUUUUGUUAUACCCUGUUAGACUUGCCCUCAAAUUUUACUUAACAAGAUACACUAAUAAUUUAGCUACAGGUGAACCAUCUCAAUUUCUGAUGAUGAUAAUUAUUGUCUUAGUUUUUAUUUCAUCUUUUUAUACGGACAUCAUUGGGGUUCACCCAAUUUUUGGAGCUUUCAUGGUAGGUAUAAUCGUACCAAGAGAUAACGGCUUUGUCAUUAGAAUUACAGAAAAAUUAGAAGAUUUGGUCCACAUUAUCUUGAUUCCAAUCUAUUUUGCAUUAGCAGGGCUAAACGUUAACUUGGGAUUGUUGUCUACUGGAACGGACUGGGGAUACACUAUUGGAAUUAUUGCUUUGGCAAUGAUUGGUAAAAUAUUCGGAGGUUUUAUAGCAGCCAAAUUGAAUAAAUUAUUCUGGAGAGAAUCUUUAGCUGUUGGAGUUUUGAUGUCAUGUAAGGGUAUUGUUGAAAUUGUUGUUUUGAAUGUUGGUCUCAAUGCUAAGAUCAUCACCCAGAAGGUAUACUCUAUGUUCAUUGUUAUGGCUUUGAUCACCACAUUUUUAACUACUCCCUUGUCAUUGGUUGUAUACCCUAACAGUUACAGAGAAAAAGUGUCGAGAGUCUUGAAGGGAGAGAUAAAUUGGGAUGGAACUCCCGUGGUACCGGUUGAAGGCGGUGAAAAUGAAAAGUCUUUUGAUGUCAGUUUAAUAAAAGACAUUGAAACAGCAAAAUUCCCACAAAUUAUUAUGUUACUAAAAAAUGUAGAUUCUUUAUCACCAUUAAUGUCAUUUAUUGAGAAUUUUUUUUCACUCAAUGAUAACUACAGGGCCAUUCAUUUGCGAGAAUUUAGUUCCAGAACUUCACAUUUGUUGGAAGCAAGUAACGAACACACUGAAAAAGAAUACAUUUCAUCCACCUCAAUUUUGAGUAUUGUCAAAGUGUUCUCUGAAAUUUUGGGUAUCAAAAUUUUAUUGAAGUCAGUAUUGUCAACGUUCAAAAAUCACGUAUUGACGGUAAAUGAUUCUAUCAAUUCUGAGAACGACUUGAUCUUGACUAGUAAUAAGUUAUCCAAUAUUUUCAAUAAUAAUGGAGAAAUUGGAGGUGAAUCAGAUUCCGUUUUCUAUAAAGAUUUAUUACAUCAUUGUAAAUGUAAUUUAGGAAUUCUCUUAAAUUCUGCAAGGAGUACUGAGAAUUCCAUUAUAGAGGAAGAAGAGGCUCAAACAAUUGCCGAUGAUACUAGUUCGGUCAAUUUAAUAGUUAAUCACGAUAACUUCUUAUCAUCAUCAGAUAUUUUAUCAUUGAGAGUUGCUCACAAAUUAUCAUUGAAGUCUAACAAGGUAAAUAUCUAUAUCAAAUCUCCUUCAAAAGGAGGUUUUGUUGAUGAUAUUCAGAAUUUAUUCGAAACCAGUGAUGUCCAUAUUCAUUUCUUAAAGAGUGGUUUAGACGAAAUUCCUUUCAGUAAAAAUCAAUUGUUCCUUGUUGCAAAUAAUAUCAGUAAAGACGAAGAUAUUUUAUUCACUAAAGAAGUCAAUCAAUUGAUCGAGUUAAGUCAAAUCGAAAACUUUAAUGUCUUAGUAGUUAAAUCCCCAUUUGUUUGA